AUGAGACGUAAGAAAGGAAAGGUACCUCCAGAGUUUAACAAAGCGGAGGACGAAUAUUCCAGCAAGUUAAAAAAAUUUGUGGUGGUGGUUUCGGGUAGACUGCCAUACAGUGAGCUUCUUCAAUGGGCCACUUACAUGAAAUCAGAAGACAUUAACCUCAGAACUAUAGGGGAGCAAACACUUUACUCAAUUUGGACCGAUAUUUUUCAUGAUGAUAGAACUCCAGGAAUACAUAUGUGGGAUUAUAUAAAACGUGGAGUAGAGUUAUAUAAGAAUGUAGAAUUAAACGCGUAUGAUGAAAACCUUGUAGAUUUCAUAAACGUUUGUUAUGACAUCGAAAAGUUUCGAGAACAAUGGAAAAAUACUACUCAGCAAGAUCCUCCUCAACCUUUAUUUCCACUUCAUUCUCCACAACUCUUGCUGUCCAAUAAUUCUUCUGUCCAUCCUCAAUUUUCGAGUCAACCUUCAUCGUCCACAUCGUCCAUUCGUCCUUCUAGGCGGGUUAAACCUAUUAGCCUGGGCAAGAGAAUUCAAGAUCUCACGUUACCCAAUACAACAUUGCAAGCUAAUUGUCCUGAACAGGAAAUGAAAUUCUUUGAAAAAAUUGCUGAUAAUAAUAUGGACAACUUUUGCCUUAACUUAUGGGUUAAAAACGUGUUUAGUGCCGUUCCAAAAAUGCAACAUUACGCUCAUGUAUAUUUAAUUUUGGCGUGGAAUGAGGAAUAUCCCACAUGCAUAGAUCAUAACGGAUAUAUACAUCUAUUGAAUGGUAUGAGGCUUUAUGCUGAAAAAUUUCCAAAACCCUACAAUGUCAAAGUCAAAACUUUAAUGAAAAUAUUACGUAAAUUAGAAAAGAAAAAAAGUGGAAUAUUUAAAAAUGAUUCAAAUGAAG